AUGUGGACUUUUAUCGCCGGUCUUCUUACUCUGUCGCUCGGGAUAUCCGCGACUUCAUUCCCUCGAGACAAUGCCGGCGCACCCACAGCCCGCGUCAAGAACGGUACAUACGAGGGUGUUUACUCGCCGGAAUAUGACCAAGACUUCUUCCUUGGAGUUCCAUUUGCUCAACCUCCUGUGAAUGACCUUCGGUUUAGGCUACCACAAUCCUUGAAUGCGACUUGGGAGGGCACGAGAGAAGCAAAAGACUAUUCCCUCCUCUGCGUUGGAUACGGCCUUGAUCAAACAUUCUACAACCAGUCCGAAGACUGCCUAUAUCUCAACAUAGUGCGGCCCGCUGGCUACGACCAGGAGAAACUCCCCGUCGGCUUUUGGAUCCAUGGCGGAGGGUUCAGCAACGGCGGCGGCGGCGAUCAGCGCUAUAACCUCUCAUUUAUCGUCAAGCAGUCCGUCAAGAUCGGCAAGCCAAUAAUUGGCGUUUCAAUCAACUACCGGCUUAACCUCUGGGGAUUCCUCCACUCAAAUGAAGUUGUAGGGGAAGGAAUCACGAACCUAGGUCUAAGGGACCAGCGCCUUGCUCUGUACUGGGUGCAGGAGAACAUUGCUACCUUCGGCGGAGACCCUGGGAAGGUGACAAUCUUCGGCGAGUCCGCUGGCGCCGCCUCAGUCGGCUUCCAUGUCGCGACGACAAGCUCUUCCGCGCCGCAAUACUACAGUCUGGUAAUCCCAUAUUCUACGGAGCCGAAAAUGGAACGCAGCGCUCGCAAGCCUCCUUCGAGGCGAUCGUAUCCCAGGUUGGAUGCGCCGAGGCCUGGGACAGGAUCCAAUGUCUCCCGCGAGGUCUCUUUCCUGACGCUGAACGCUACAUAUGACUCGAUCAACGGAUCCUUCGCACCUACAAUUGACGGCGACUUUAUUCGCACCUACGGCAGCAAACAGCUCCUCGAUGGCCAAUUUGUCAGAGUACCCAUCAUCACGGGCACCAACAGCGACGAGGGUGCCUCUAUGAGCCCCACAGGAAUCAAUACAACCGAAGAUUUCAAAGCGACUCUUUCCAGCUUCCUCCCUGUUUCAUUUCAAGACGCCAUCCUAAAAGCCUACCCGGAUGACUUGUCGGUCAAUGUCAUUGCCAGCCUAGGAGACCAGCGACCAGUGGCUCCUUACGGGGCACAGUUCCGGCGCAGCGCCUCCUUCUGGGGCGACUACUACUUUAUCGCAUCGAGGCGACAAACCGCCAAGACAUGGGCUGCGCAUGGCAUCCCCGCGUAUGCGUACAGAUUCAACGCUAUUCCCGCGGGUGUUCCUCCCGAAGUUGGCGUGGGCCAUUAUAAGGAGAUCGGGUUCAUGUUCAACAAUCUCGAGGGCGUAGGCUACAGACCAGAUAUCAAACCCUUCGAGGGCAAGGGACAGAACUAUAUCGAUCUCGCGGACUUGAUGAGCUCGACAUGGGCGAGCUUUAUUCAUGAUCUGGAUUUGAAUAACUAUACAGGGCGAGACACGAAUAUCCCGGAUUGGCCGAGGUAUGAUGUGCUGGAGCCGCGGGAUUUUGUCUUUGACGCAAAUGUCACCAGCUAUACGGAGGAUGACACGUAUCGGGCAGAGGGUAUUGCCUUGAUUAAUGACCAUGCUGCGGGGGUUUUGCACAGGUAG